AUGGCAUCAGAAACCAGCUCUAUCGACCUUCGGGAAAAGGAUGAGCACGCCCCAUCCCGUUCUGGAGAUACAUCAACUCUUGAUGACUCCCCCAUGGCCCUCAUCGAUCAAGAAGAUCUAGACACUCUUACUAAAAUUGCCACUCAACGGUCACGCCGUCAAUCGACAUUCGGAGCUACAGAUAACCUAGCCGUUCUCGCUCAACAAGAUCCAUCACUCGACCCUCAAUCUGGCAAAUUCGACUUGCAAAAAUGGCUCAAGGCGGCUUUCAACGAUAUGAGCCGUGAUGGCCACACCGGACAUACCUCUGACGUUCUUUUCAAGCAGCUUAAUGUAUACGGAUCGGGCGCUGCACUACAAUAUCAGGACACAGUCUCAUCUACGUUAUCUGCUCCUUUUAGAUGGCCUCAAGUCCUUCGAGAAUCAAAGUCUCCUCAGAGGCGGAUCCUCAAGGACUUCAAUGGUCUUCUGAAGAGCGGCGAGCUUCUGCUUGUCCUUGGUCGCCCUGGUGCCGGUUGCAGUACACUCUUGAAAUCCAUGACUGGAGAAUUACAUGGAUUGAACUUGGACAAGGAAAGCACAAUCCAUUAUAAUGGAAUUCCUCAAUCCCGCAUGGUGAAGGAGUUCAGGGGUGAACUUGUAUACAACCAAGAGGUCGAUAGACAUUUCCCUCACUUGACUGUCGGCCAGACUCUUGAGUUUGCCGCCGCCACUCGAACACCAGCCCAUCGUUUCCAAGACAUGUCGCGAUCAGAGCAUGCCAAGUACAUGACCCAGAUCAUCAUGGCGGUAUUUGGCCUGAGCCACACUUACAACACACGAGUUGGCGAUGAUUUCAUUCGUGGUGUCUCCGGCGGAGAGCGAAAGCGUGUCAGUAUUGCAGAGAUGGCUUUGGCGCAUGCCCCUAUCGCUGCCUGGGAUAACUCUACCCGAGGACUGGACUCUGCCACAGCACUGAAGUUUGUUGAAGCAUUGCGUCUGUCUUCAGAUAUCACCGGAUCAUGCCACGCUGUCGCUGCCUACCAGGCAAGUCAGAGCAUCUACGAUAUUUUCGACAAAGUAAUUCUGCUUUACGAGGGUCGCCAAAUUUACUUUGGAACUGCCGCUGGAGCCAAGUCGUACUUCGAGGCGCAGGGCUGGGAGUGCCCUGCUAGACAGACCACUGGUGAUUUCCUCACCUCCAUCUCCAACCCCCAGGAACGCCAGGCCAAGCCUGGAAUGGAAAACCGUGUUCCUCGCACCCCUGAAGAUUUCGAAGCCGCAUGGCUCGAGUCCCCUGAGUACAAGCAGCUCCAGAAUGAUAUUGCUGCAUAUGAGCAGCAAAACCCCGUCGGACAUGAUGUGCAGGCCGUCACUGAUUUCCAGGCGCGCAAGCGUGGUGCUCAGGCCAAGCACACCCGUCCCAAGUCUCCAUACAUCAUCAGCGUUCCCAUGCAGAUCAAGCUCAACACUGUUCGCGCAUACCAACGUCUGUGGAAUGAUGCUGCUUCUACGAUGGCCACUGUGAUCACUAAUAUCAUCAUGGCUCUUAUUAUUGGAUCGGUUUUCUACGGCACGACGGAUACCACUGCAGGCUUCACGUCUAAAGGUGCAACUCUGUUCUUCGCAGUUCUUCUGAAUGCCCUCACUGCAAUGAACGAAAUUAACAGUCUCUAUUCACAACGCCCAAUCGUCGAAAAACAUGCAUCCUUCGCCUUUUACCAUCCAGCCACCGAAGCAAUCGCUGGUGUGCUCAGUGAUAUUCCAGUGAAGUUUGCUUUAGCCGUUGUCUUCAACAUUAUCCUAUACUUCCUGGCCGGCCUGAAGCGCUCAGCAUCCCACUUCUUCCUCUACUUCCUGAUCACAUUUAUAAUCACAUUUGUGAUGAGUGCUGUCUUCCGCACUCUGGCUGCUGUCACCAAGACCGUCUCCCAAGCAAUGGGUCUGGCAGGAGUCAUGAUCUUAGCUCUGGUCGUAUACACCGGUUUCGUGCUUCCUGUCCCGUCCAUGCACCCCUGGUUCGAAUGGAUCCACUACCUCAACCCAAUCUAUUACGCCUUCGAGAUUCUCAUCGCCAACGAAUUCCACGGCCGCGAGUUCCCCUGCUCAUCUUUCGUCCCAUCCUACGCCGACCUCUCGGGUGAUGCUUUCAGUUGCUCCACCGCCGGCUCCGUGGCCGGCUCAUUGACUGUCAACGGCGACCGCUACAUCCAGCUGAACUACUCCUACAGCUACAGCCAUGUCUGGCGCAAUUUCGGCAUCCUCAUUGCAUUCCUCAUCGCUUUCAUGGUCAUCUACUUCGUUGCCUGCGAACUCAACUCCUCCACCACAAGCACCGCCGAGGCCCUUGUCUUCCGCCGUGGUCAUGAGCCUGCCUCCAUGCGCCCGAAUUAUAAGUCUGGCUCUGAUGUCGAAUCCGCCGAGCCAUCCAAGGUCCAGGCUUCGACUGAGACUGAGGAUAAGGGAAUGGGCGCCAUCCAGGCCCAAACUGAUACAUUUACCUGGCGCGACGUCUCAUACGAUAUCGAGAUCAAGGGAGAGCCCCGUCGUCUCUUGGAUAAUGUUUCCGGGUGGGUUAAGCCUGGAACACUUACUGCUCUGAUGGGUGUCAGUGGAGCCGGUAAGACGACUUUGCUGGAUGUUCUGGCGCACCGUACAUCGAUGGGUGUUAUCACUGGUGACAUGUUUGUCAACGGUCGCGAGUUGGAUGCCAGUUUCCAGCGCAAGACUGGUUAUGUUCAGCAGCAGGAUCUUCACCUCGAUACUGCUACGGUGCGUGAGUCCCUGCGGUUCAGUGCUAUGUUGCGCCAGCCUGCUUCUGUCUCUACCCAAGAGAAGUAUGACUAUGUUGAGGAUGUCAUUAAAAUGUUGAAGAUGGAGGAGUUCGCCGAGGCCAUCGUUGGUGUCCCCGGUGAGGGUCUGAAUGUCGAACAGCGUAAGCUUUUGACUAUCGGUGUCGAACUUGCUGCUAAGCCCAAGCUGCUGCUUUUCUUGGAUGAGCCUACUAGUGGUCUUGACUCCCAGUCCUCUUGGGCUAUCUGUUCGUUCCUUCGCAAGCUUGCCGAGCACGGCCAAGCGGUUCUUUGCACAAUUCACCAGCCUAGUGCUAUGCUUUUCCAACAAUUCGAUCAGCUGCUUUUCCUCGCGCGUGGUGGUAAGACUGUUUACUUCGGCCCGGUGGGAGACAACUCCAGCACAAUGCUCGAGUACUUCGAAUCGAACGGUGCCCGCAAAUGUGAUGAUGCCGAGAACCCAGCGGAGUACAUGCUGGGUAUUGUCAACGCCGGCCAAAACAACAAGGGCCAGGAUUGGUUCGAUGUCUGGAAGCAGAGCGAAGAAUGCAAGCAGGUUCAGACCGAGCUCAACCGCAUCCAUGCCGAAAAAGAGAAAGAAGCAUCUGCUACAGACGUCGACGCCUCUCAGAGCCACUCCGAGUUCGCUAUGCCCCUUUGGUUCCAGCUCACCCAGGUCACCAAACGUGUCUUCCAGCAAUACUGGCGCAUGCCCUCUUACGUUCUGGCGAAAUGGGGACUGGGAAUUGCUUCUGGCCUUUUCAUCGGUUUCUCCUUCUACAGCGCGAAGACGUCUCUCCAGGGAAUGCAGACGAUCAUCUACUCCCUGUUCAUGAUCUGUACCAUCUUCUCCUCCUUGGCUCAGCAAAUCAUGCCCGUCUUCGUCACCCAGCGCUCCCUCUACGAAGGACGCGAACGCCCUAGCAAAUCCUACUCCUGGAAAGCCUUCCUAGUCGCCAACAUCAUCGUUGAAAUCCCCUACAUGAUCGUCAUGGGAGUCCUGACAUACGCCUGCUACUUCUACGCUGUCGUCGGGGUCCCCGAUUCCACAACCCAAGGCACAGUCCUCCUUUUCUGUAUCGUCUUCUUCAUCUAUGCCAGCACCUUCACGCACAUGGUCAUCGCCGGCCUGCCCGACGAACAAACCGCAAGCGCAAUCGUCGUCCUCCUCUUCGCCAUGUCCCUUACCUUCUGCGGUGUCAUGCAGGCCCCGUCCGCCCUCCCUGGUUUCUGGAUCUUCAUGUACCGUGUCUCGCCAUUCACAUACUGGGUUGGCGGUAUGGCUGGAACCCAGGUCCACAACCGCCAGGUCGUAUGUUCGACUUCCGAGCUGUCCAUCUUCAAUCCACCCUCCGGCCAGACUUGCAUGGAAUAUCUGCAGAAGUAUGCCACCGCCGCCGGUGGUCAAAUCCUCAAUCCCGAGGCGACCAGCGAUUGCAGCUACUGUCCUCUGACUGUGGCUGAUCAGGCUAUGGCUGGCUACGGAAUUUCCUACUCGCAGAGAUGGCGCAACUUUGGAAUCAUGUGGGCUUUCAUUGCUUUCAACAUCUUCAUGGCUGUUGCUAUGUAUUACCUGUUUCGUGUGAAGCGCUGGAACUCCGCCAGCAUGAAGGAUAGCUUCAAGAAGCUGAUCCCUGGUGGCAAGUCCAAGGGUGGUAAAUAA